ACGAGGAAAGCGUCGCUGUUCGGUCGCUACGGAGACACGAGUGGUUGUAUGUAGUAGUAAAGGCUCUUCUAUGCACUUUCCCGCGCAGUUAAGGCGUCACGUUAUCAUGGCUGUUCGUGGAAAACAAGUCGCCGUCAUCUCAGCAACGACUUUAAUAACUCUUAACACGCUGUUGCCUCUAGUUCACUGAUUUUUACUUAGCAUGAGCGCGAGCUUCUGACCCCCGGCUGGAGGUCAGCAUCGCCCGGCGACCACACCUCCUGGCGAGACAGUGUGGCAGCAGGUUUCUAAGCAGACAUGGGCAAACUUCAGAGCAAGUUUCGUAAGAGGUCUGAGCUCUACAGAGCAUCCCAGGGGGAGAAGGCUGACAGUCCUUUGGACAGUCAGGUGUUACAGUAUGAACCUGCUCAUCAUGGAUCCAUCAACACUGUGACCAACCUCAGCCCAGACCUGUGUGUUUCCGGUGGCAGUGACCAAGCUGUCGUGGUGUAUGACUGGAAACAAGGCCGGAUGUGUCAGUCUUUCCAGGGUCACAACAGAGAGGUUACCAAGGUCAUUUGUUAUCCUGGCAGCACAUGGAUCUUCAGUGCCUCGCGGGACAAAACUGUUCUGAUGUGGGACCUGAACCAGGGAGAUGAGCCUAUUCAGGAAUAUUGUGGGCACGAGUUGGUGGUCAAUGGACUGGCUAUCAGUCCUGAUGGGAGAAAGCUUUGCACUGGCUCUCGUGAUAACUGGAUGUGCCUGUGGGAUAUAGAAUCUGCAAAAUGUGAACACAGACACAACAUCUCUAGAAACCUGGUGACUCACGUGUGUUGGGUGCCAGCCAGCUCCUCUAUAGUCCAAACCUCUGAGGAUAAAACCAUAAGGGUGUGGGACAGUCGUACGUGGCAGGUGAUCAAUACUUUUCCAGCAAAGCAGUACAUCCAGACCCACUGUGACGUUUCUCCCAAUGGCAACUACUUGGUGUCCAGCAGCAACGGCUUUGGAGGCCAGGGUAGUGAAGCCACGCUGUGGGACCUGCGCCAGCCUGGCUGUAAAGUUGUGGAGUACAGAGGUCAUCAUCAGACCACAGCGUGCUGUGUGUUUCUGCCCGUGACUCCUGGUGGCACAGCUCGGGUAGCAACGUCCUCUCACGACAGCUCUGUGAAGAUCUGGGAUCAGAAUACAGCAGCCUGUUUGGGGACGUUGCCUUUGGACGGUGCCGGUCCUCUGGUUUCUCUGGCUCCCAGUGAUUCUACCAAUCUACUGUGUGCCAGCUUCAACAACGGUCUCCAUCACAUCCAAGUGGACCAGGGUUCCCACUUGGCUCAGGGUUCUGGUGCAGGUCCAGGUGGCACAGGAGACCUGGACAUUAGAGUCGUGGCACGUUUUUGACAACACUUAAGAAGAACCUGAUAUGACUUGUAAAACUGACCCUUGAGCACCCAGAUACUCAAAGAUUUUUAUUGGCACAUUUAUUUUGACAAACUGAGAGGAUCUUCAGAAGAGGUGUGGCAACAAUAGGAGCACAUGUGAGGAGGACACACUAUUUGUCCAGCAGAAGACACCCAUCGCUGCGUCUCAUCUGGACAAAGUUUCUUGUGGUAAAAGAACAUGAAAUCAAAAAACCAAAUAGAAAAAUAAACAGGACUGGAUUAACCUUUCCCAUUUUAUAGAUAUUUAUCAUGUAAAGGUGCAAGUUAAGAAUCAAAUGAAGGGUCCAUCAUUUCAGCUGGCUGAUUUAAGUGUUAACUGGAUCUACAAACACUGACACCUUAUGAAUCUGAAGCUUUUAAAGCACUGUGUUGCUCAUGUGGUCCAGUAUUUUUGGGACCAAAAGAGAAAAACUGGAAUUCAUUAUGUUUUAUAAACCUACCAGUGUAGACCAAACCAGCAGCUAUUUGCUGAAAUGCUUUUUGAAAUGUUUGUGUGGUGAACACAGGGUCACACAUAAUAGAACUUUAAAAAAAUCUCUUUAAUGUUUGAUAGUAGCUUUAAACUGAAGACGCCACGUCUUGGUGAUCAUAAAGCCCACAAUUUGUCUGUAAUACGUUUUAACUGUCUUUGCCCCCCCAAAAUGCAGAAACACUGUAACGCUGCCUGGACUUCAAAAGACACCC